AUGUUUGUCCUUAUUUUUAGGUGAGCUUUGGUUUUGCAGCCAUGUAGCUUGACUUUCCAGCGACCCCCUUGCUAUAUCCGCUGGCCCCGGAGCUGACGGUUCUUGGCCAUGGAUGGGCACGGACAGUCAGAUGAAGCGGCGUCCAAGGCGUGGCGCGGCGCAGCGAGCGGCGUGGUGAGCGCGCCCGUGGCCCGCGUGUGGGAGCUGGUGUCCUCCACGUCUCGGCUGCGCGAGUGGAUGCCCAUGGUGGAGUCGUGCACCGCGGUGGCCGGUGACGAGGACGUGCCGGGCUACGUGCGCCUCGUGCGCGGCGGCCUCAUGUUCCCCCAGCAGCAGCAGGGGUCGUCGUGGGUGAGGGAGAGGCUGGUGGCCAUGGACCACACCGCCCGCUCCUACACCUACCUCAUGGAGGACGGCAACGUCGGCCUCGCCGGCUCCCGCAACACCAUCAGCCUCCUGGACUACGGCGGAGGCGCAACGCUGGUGGUGUGGAGCUUCGAGAUGGAGCCGGUGGACGACGCCAACCAGGAUGCCCUGCUCGACUACCUCCGCAUCCUCUACAAGUCGUGCAUCGACACCAUACCUCCUUGUCUGCUCUGACCUGAUAUUAAAUCAUCUAUUCAAUAUAUAUAUGCGUCAUCCUUACAU